UUCAUCUCCUCAUGCAAUAAUAUAUUUAUUCCCAUUAUUUCUAUAAUGGUUUUAUUAUAUAUUUGGAUCGACAAGUUAAGAUGCUUUGCCCUGUCAUGCUUGUUUAAAGAAUAUGAUGUAGUUUACAUUGGAGCAACUCAUGAAAGUAGCAUGCUAUGAUAUCUGAAUUAUUCUUUUUAACUUUACAUAAAAAUUUAAAUGUUUUUAAUUAAAUUAAAUAUAUGAUUUAUUUUAUUAGAUUGAUCUAUUGAGCCAAUCCCAAAUAAUUAGGGAGGGAUUUACGGGUUUUAUUAUUACUGUUGAACCAAUCAUCUUCUUUGUUGAUGAAUCUUGUGAUGAUAUAUAGUAUUUUGUGAACGCAUUUAUUGUACCAAUUCUUUGUUUUAAUUUAAAUAUUUAUUAUUUUUAAUUGAGAAAGGCUCAUUCAUGCGCGUACGAACGCGUACUCACCCGUUUCCCGAAGCACACGUGCCACGCACGUACUUGAAGUGUCUCUUUCUUCUCCUCAUCCUCCAUGGAUUGCAUGCCUCUCUCUCGUAGAAGACAACAUGCAAACGGAGGACGAGACUCCCCCUCGAAAGAAGUCCUUCCUACGUUCAUCCGUCACCUUGCUCGUCGCUGAGCGCCUUCUCUUAUUCUUCUUCGGCGCCGGCGUCGCCCUCCUCUUCUCCGUCUCCGCCCUCUCCUCCUCCCUCUGCACCGUCCUGCCGAACCCCAUCCCCACCCCCCUCCCUACCAUCAUCCAUCAUCGGCCUCCUCUCGCGCCUAGUAUCCCUCGUCGGCCUCUUCCUGUGGCCACCACCGCUCCGAGGCCUCCUCUCUCCACCGUCAGCCACCGCCGCGACUCCCGGAAGGACCCCGAUCGGCGGCGUUCCACACGCGCCACCUUCUAUGACGACCCUUCCCUGUCCUACACCAUCGACCGCCCCAUCACCAACUGGGACUCCAAGCGCCGCGAAUGGCUCCGCCUCAACCCGUCGCUGGCCACCCCGGACCGGGUCGUCAUGGUGACCGGAUCGCCGCCGGGGCGGUGCCCCAACCCGGGAGGUGACCACCUGCUCCUCCGUUUCUAUAAGAACAAGGCCGACUACUGCCGCCUCCACGGCUACGAUCUGUUCUACAACACCGCCCUCCUCCACCCAGAGAUGCCCGGGUGCUGGGCCAAGAUCCCGUUGGUUCGCGCGGCCAUGGUGGCUCACCCGGAGUCGGAAUGGGUGUGGUGGGUGGACCAGGACGCGGCCUUCACAGACAUGGAGUUCCGCCCCCCGCUCCACCGCUACCGGGCGCACCACUUCGUGGUUCCCGGUUGGCCGUACAUGGUGUACACCGCCCGCGACUGGGUGGGCCUCAACGCCGGUGUCUUCCUCCUCCGAAACUCCCAGUGGGGCCUCGACUUUCUCGACGCCUGGGCCAGCAUGGGUCCCCAGACCCCACACCAUGGCAAGUGGGGCCGGAUCCUCGACGCGGAGAUCCGCGGCAAGCUCACAUCCUUCGCCGACGACCAGUCCGCUCUCGUCCACCUCCUGGCCAAGGAGCAGCGCCGCUGGCGCGAUAAGGUGCACCUGGAGAGCGCGUACGACCUGCACGGGUACUGGGAGCCCAUCGUGGGGCGCCUGGAGGACGUAGCGGCGGCGUACGCCGAGAUGGAGCGGCGGGACGCCGUGCUCCGGCGGAGGCACGCCGAGAAGGAGGCCGGGAGCUACGGGGAGACGAGGAGCCGUUACCUCGACGCGGCCGCCGGCGGCGGGGGGGAGAAGGGGAGUGGCAAGCGGUGGCCGAGGAAGCGGCGGUCCUUCGUGACGCACUUCACGGGUUGCCAGCCCUGCGGCGGCGACCACAACCCGGCGUACACGUGGCAGGGGUGCGUGGACGGCAUGGCGCGCGCGCUCAACUUCGCCGACGACCAGGUCCUGCGGGCGUACGGCUUCGGCCACACGAAUCUCAACGACUCGGCGUCCAUCCGUUCGCUGCCGUUCGGUUACCCAGCCUCCUCGCGCGGUGGCCGGUGAUGGCGCGCGGUUCGCCAAGAGACUCCGCGUCGUACGGCCGUCACGUGAUUUGUACGUCUGAGGCCUUCCGUGGUAGUCGCCCAAAUGUGAUUGUAUUGUACAAAAAAAAGAAGAUUUCAUGUCACUUUGAUAUCAACUAUUUUUUUCUUAAUGAUGUAAUCACAACACAUCAAUAGAUUCAAUUAUAAUUGUAA